AACACCCAAAAUAAUAAAAAACGCCAUGUCUUACGUUAAAACCAACUUCAAUUUAGCCAUGUUUCUCGAACCAAAAUGCAAAUCUUUAACUCCAAGCACGUCUGAGUCAAGUUGGCAAUUCUCUCUCUCUCUCUCUCUCUCUCUCUCUCUCUCUCUCUCUCUCUAUAGCAUUACUAUAUUACUUUGCUUUACUCUUAACGCCAACUCCUCAUACCCACCCCCUUUGUCAGUCAUCCUUAUUCCUUUUCCUCUCUAUCUUGCAGUCUAUCUAUACAUUCAUACAACCUAUAUGUAUAAUUUCAUCAAAAUGAAAUUGUUCCUAAUUUAAUUUCCCCAGUCAAUUUCUCACAUUUUUCACACACAUUUUAAUAUAAAAUCGUUUCCUUGAAUCUCUCUCUCUCUCUCUCUUUCUCUCUCAUCUACAGUUUUGUGGAAACUUGGUGGAGCAGAGAUCCCUAUUCUUUCAGCUAAUCAGAUCUUCUUCUCAAUUUCAGUUCUCAUAUUAUCUUCUUCUCCCUAUUUUUCGCUGUUGUAAUUGGAUUCUACUUCAAUUUUCUCGCGCUCUCUGUUACUUCGGUUGAUUCUUCUUGUAUUCUCUAAACAAUUUGCUGGGUCUGUUCAGUCAAAAUUAGGGUUUCGGAUUGAGGAAUUUGAGGUCUUUUUAAUUUUUGGAUAGAAUUGACGGCUGAAUUUGGUAUUUGGGUUUGGGGCAGUAAUGAUUAUAAAGAAGAGCUUGAAAACGGUAAUGCCGAGUUUGAAGCGGUGCCGAGUGAGUGACUCCGAUGACGAGUUUUCCGGUAAUCGGAAAAAGCGCAAGAGUAGUAGCAGUGGUGGAUAUUACCCUUUGCAUCUGCUCCGUGAUGUUGCCGCUGCUGGUAUAAUUCCGUUCAAUGGAUACGGUAUUCAAAGAAUUUUAGCCGCCGCCGGAGGUAACGGCGGAGCAGCUGCGUCGUGGUGCACGGAGGUUUCCCGCAUCGCCCCCGAUGUGGCUGAGUUGCCAAAACAGAGGAGGAGCAAUCCAGUACAGGAGGCUUCACGGCCGCCACUAGUGAGGACUUCACGGGGGCGUGUACAGGUACUUCCUUCUAGAUUCAAUGACUCGGUUCUUGAUAAUUGGAAGAAAGAGAAGAGCAAAACUACUACUAGUGUUAAAGAAUCAACUUCGGACCCUGAAUUUAACCCGGAUGCAAGAGAAAAGCUUAGCUUUAAAAAUGCCAAACGUGAAAUUGGGUGUAAUAAUGGUUCAAAGCGUUUGGAUAUUACUAGGAAGUAUUCUAGUUCUCGCAGUACACUCACAUCAUUACAUGAGCGACUGGGAGAUGCAGACGACACACAUUUCGAUGAAGCUAUAGAUUUAAGCGGCAUUAAUGGAACGGUGAAGGUGGAGGGAGGGAAGAGAGCUAAUAAGUUCGGUGGUAAGGAUUUUAAUUCGGGUGACAUAGUUUGGGCAAUAUCUGGAAGACAUUGUCCUGCUUGGCCCGCAGUUGUCCUUGAUUCAGAAACGCAAGUUCCCCAGCAGGUUCUAAAUUUCCGAGUUGCUGGCGCUGUCUGUGUCAUGUUCUUUGGUUACUCUGGAAAUGGCACGCAAAGGGAUUAUGCAUGGAUUAGACGUGGGAUGCUAUUUCCGUUUCUGGAAUAUGUAGACAGGUUUCAGGGGCAGACUAACUUGAACGACAGCACGCCGAGUGAUCUUCGCUCUGCCAUAGAAGAGGCAUUUCUAGCUGAAAAUGGCUUUAUUGAGAUGUUGAUGGUUGAACUAAAUGCAGCGGCUGGCAAUAUAGACUAUUUCCAGUCUCUUCCCCGAGGAGCAUUUGAGGUCUCUGACUCAAAUCAGGACCAAGAGUGUAACUCUCCAAGCCAGGAAUUAUUGAAGAAGAAAGAACUUGACUCUUGCGACGCUUGUGGAUCGAGUCUUUCUUCUAAGCCAUCCAGGAAAUGGAAUGACUCAACUCUCAGGAGCAAUCGUCUGUGUACUGCUUGUGCUAGGCUAAAGAAGAUAAAACAUUAUUGUGGCAUAUGUAAGAAGAUCCGUAAUCCCUCAGAUAGUGGAACUUGGGUACGCUGUGAUGGUUGCAAAGUGUGGGUGCAUGCUGAGUGUGACAAAAUCUCAAGAGAAAAUUUCAAGGAGCUGAGUACCUCUGAUUACUAUUGUCCAGAAUGCAGAGCAAGAUUUAACUUUGAAUUGUCUGACUCAGAAAACAUGAAUUCUAAGGCCAAAAACAACAAAAAUGAUUGUCAGACAGUAGCAUUGCCAGACAAGGUUUCUGUUAUCUGCUCAGGAGUGGAAGGCAUUUAUUUCCCAAGGCUUCACCUAGUUGUUUGCAAGUGUGGAUAUUGUGGAGCAGAAAAACAGGCACUUAGUGAAUGGGAGAGGCACACAGGUUCUAAAAUAAAAAACUGGAAGACCAGUGUCAGGGUGAAGGGUUCUUUGCUACCUCUCGAACAAUGGAUGCUAGAAAUGGCAGAGUAUCAUGCACAGAAUGUUGUUUCUACCAAAUCGGUUAAACGUCCUCCUUUAAAAGUACGGAGACAAAAGCUGCUAAGUUUUCUCCGAGAAAAGUAUGAACCUGUUUAUGCAAAGUGGACCACAGAAAGGUGUGCAGUAUGUCGAUGGGUUGAAGAUUGGGACUACAACAAAAUUAUUAUAUGCAUUAGGUGUCAAAUAGCUGUUCAUCAAGAAUGCUAUGGAGCAAGAAAUGUUCGGGAUUUCACUUCGUGGGUCUGCAGAUCUUGCGAGACUCCUGAGAUUGAACGGGAAUGCUGUCUUUGUCCUGUGAAAGGAGGCGCUUUGAAGCCCACAGAUAUUAAGCCAUUGUGGGUUCAUGUUACUUGUGCUUGGUUCCAACCUGAAGUUUGUUUUGCUAGUGAUGAGAAAAUGGAGCCUGCUGUUGGAAUUUUGAGAAUCCCUUCAAAUUCUUUUGUGAAGAUAUGUGUGAUCUGCAAACAAAUUCAUGGUUCCUGCACACAAUGUUGCAAGUGCUCGACUUAUUACCAUGCUAUGUGCGCAUCAAGAGCAGGGUAUCGCAUGGAGCUGCACUGCUUGGAGAAAAAUGGAAAACAGGUCACAAGAAUGGUUUCAUAUUGUGCCUACCACAGGGCUCCCAAUCCGGAUACCGUUCUCAUUAUUCAAACUCCCAAAGGGGUAUUCUCUGCUAGAAGCCUUCUUCAAAACAGUAAGCACACAGGUUCACGUCUAAUUUCAACAAGUAGACUGCAACUCCAGGAAGCUCCAGCAGCAGAGAUAGAAGAGAUCGAGCCAUUCUCUGCAGCAAGGUGUCGUGUUUAUAAUCGAUUGCGUGAUAAGGGAGCAGGAGAAUCUGCCAUUGCCCACCACGUGAGGGGACCUUGUCACCAUUCUUCAAGUUCAAUACGAAGUUUGAACAUUAUUAAAGAAGUCAAGGGAUCCAAAACUUUUUCUACCUUUAGGGAGCGGCUUCGUGAUUUACAGAGAACAGAAAAUGACCGUGUUUGCUUUGGUAGAUCUGGGAUACAUAGAUGGGGUCUUUUUGCUCGUAUAAAGAUACCAGAAGGAGAGAUGGUUCUUGAGUAUCGUGGUGAGCAGAUCAGACGCAGUGUUGCAGAUUUGAGGGAGGCACGGUAUCGUGUUGAGGGAAAAGAUUGCUAUUUAUUUAAGAUUAGUGAAGAAGUUGUGGUGGACGCCACUGAUAAGGGGAACAUUGCACGUUUAAUUAACCAUUCAUGCAUGCCAAACUGUUAUGCAAGAAUCAUGAGUGUAGGAGCUGAUGAGAGUCGGGUUGUACUUAUCGCAAAGACAAAUGUGUCUGCUGGUGAUGAAUUAACGUAUGACUACUUGUUUGAUCCAGACGAAUGUGAAGAAUUCAAAGUUCCUUGCCUGUGUAAAGCUCCAAACUGCCGAAAGUUCAUGAAUUAGGUUUACACUUUCCACAAAUUUUUUUCCUCCACAAGGAGAUCUAACCAUUACACCCUCUCACAGCUUGCUAAUUUUAGUGAUUCUAGAGGAAUAUGUAAUUUUUAGUCUUACGUUUCUUCCUUCCUAGUAGGGGGCUGGGCUUCUUUACGUAGAUGGUUGGGUCAAUAAUAUAGCUAUUACUUGACGAAAGUUGGGUCUGAGUUAUUAUGUAUAGAUUCAGAGAAGGCAGAUCUUUUUCUUCUAUUCUGCCCCUACAGAAAUGUAAACUUCACUUCUCUCUAUUUUUUUUGGGAGAUCAACAAAAAAGAAAAGAAAAGAAAAAAAAAAGAUGCAAGCAAUUCCUCUUUUAUUUUCUCCUUACUCUACUGUUUUCAAUCUUCAUCCCCUCCCCUGACUCCAUAAAAAACUCUGAACCCCUAUUGAAACUCCCCCCCCUCCCAAACCAACCAAAAAGAAAUAGGAGGAGAAAAAGGAUACUACAAAAAUUAUCAUUUACUGUACCUUGUGGAUUAGUGGUCAAUGAAAUGGAUGCAAAUAUGGAUAUCAAGGUUCAAAUUCAAGCGUAGACGAAAAAAUCUUAGGAUAUUUUUAUAUAGGUGGACAGAAUUACUUUGUACCUGUGGGCGGUAGGGCGUAUUUUGGAAAAGCGUCAUGGGCAUGAAUUAAUCUGAACUUUGUGAAAGAAUUACCAUUUCCUUGUUCGUCCCCAAUGGACGUUUCAAGCCAUCAGUCGACUGAUUGGUGGAUGAGGACUAGCAAAUCUGAAGCUAUCACUUGGAGAUGAAAGGACUCUGUACUUGACUGCCUGUCAGCUAGCUAUCCCAACCUUCUCCUUCCGAACUGGUUUCUCCUGUUUGUAUUUUGUGACGUCGAGGUUUUGGGCACGUAAACCAUUUCUCUAGAUCAGAUUAACAGAUUUUGAUGAAAAUGAUUUUUUUUUUUUUUUUUUUGUUGUUGUUGGUAACGAGAGAUCAGACUAUUAUAGCAGACUUUUUCCUUCUUU